UCCCUCUUUCACUCCCGUGCCGCAGCCGCACCCCGCUCCCGCACAGGCGCCGCCGCUCCCUCCCGCAGUCCUGCACCCCGCUUCCGCACAGGCGCCGCCGCACCCCGCACCCGCACAGGCGCCGCCGUCCGCCGUCCAUUCGUCCUCUGUCUGCGACGACUGGGUGGACUACCGCCGCCGCCCUACCCCAGGUGGUAGAGGCCCUAAUCUUGAGCAAAUUCUGGGUCCACCACUGCCUGCAGUGCUGCACUUACUUGACCACCAUCUGUGACGGUUGCUUCCUGGACGUCAUCCAGGGGACACACCAGCUAGGCACGCUGCAAGAUUUGGGCCAUCUCAAGGCAGAGGCGGCAGCCGGCAGCAGCACAGUGUGGUUUGUGCCAAUUUUUGUGAUUAAGUAUGGGUCGCCAGCUGUUCCCCUCACCGUGUGAUAGUGUGAUGGUGAUGAACUUGGACGAGCCGCUCGACGCGGCGGCCGCCGAGAAGGGCGAGGCGGCGCUGCGGCGGCUGAGCGAGGCCGACCCGGCGCUCUUCCUCUCCCCCUCAGCAGACCUCGCUGCUGCCGCCCGAGCAGCCUCACAGCACAUCUAUUCCUCUCUGGCGCCGCUCUCCCUCGCUCAGCCGCUGCCGCUCCCUACCCUCCUAGCGGACCCCGCCUUCGACGCCGAGCAGAUUUGGUCCCAGAUCGAGCUGCUCGCCCGCCCGCUCCUCCCCCGCCUGCGCCGCCAGCUUCGCCAUCUCAAGCAGCAACCCCCCUUGCAACGGCCUCCUGUGGAGACGCCUGCUGUUGCCGAGGGUGAGCAGUUGGAGGAGGAUGGAGAAAGUAGCGAAUCAGAGGAGUUGAACAAUGAGGAGGAGGAGGAGUUGGAGGGGACAGAGGAUGAGGAGGAAAUGGGCGAGGAGGAGGAAGAAGCGGAGCUGGAUGGGAGAGGAGGGAAUGGGGUGGAGGAUAAGUUCCUGAAGAUAGAUGAGUUGACGGAGUUCCUGGAGAAGGGUGAGGAAGAGGAGUAUGGUGGUGGUGCCAAGCGGAGAGAGAAGAAGGCGGCGAAAAACUGGAUGGUUGAGAGUGAUGCUGAGGAUGACGAUGAGGAUGAAGACGAGGACCAAUUGGAUUUAGAAGAUUUUGAGGAUGAUGAUGAGGAGGGUGAAGCAGGCGGUGGAGAUAUUCGGUAUAAAGAUUUUUUUGAGAAGGGACAUAACAAGCAAGUUAAGAAGAGAGAUGGUUCCACAAAGAAAGUUCAAUUCAAGGAUGAUGAAGCACAUGAAUCUGAAUUUGAUGACAGUGAGAAUGAUGAUGGAAAUGUUGAACCAGAGCAAGGUCUCUCAACUCAUGAAAAGGAGCGUCUGAAGAUGCGUGCUAAAAUAGAGCAAAUGGAGAAAGCUAGCCUUGAACCCAGCACAUGGACCAUGCAGGGAGAGGUUACUGCUUCUAAGAGGCCCAAAAACAGUGCCCUAGAAGUGGACCUUGAUUUUGAGCACAAUGUAAGACCUGCUCCUGUAAUCACGGAGGAAGUGACAGCUUCCCUUGAAGAAAUGAUAAAGAAAAGAAUCACAGAGAGUCAUUUUGAUGAUGUCGAGAAACCUCUUAUGUUGCCAUCUAAAGCUCCAAAGGAGCACAAGGAAGUGGAUGAAACUAAGAGCAAGAAGGGUCUUGCUGAACUAUAUGAGGAUGAUUAUGCGCAAAAGGCAGGCAUUGCACCUGCCCCUCUUUCUAUUUCAGAUGAACUGAAGAAAGAGGCAAAUACUUUAUUUAAGCGGAUAUGUUUGAAAUUGGAUGCGCUAUCACAUUUCCACUUUGCUCCAAAGCCAGUCAUUGAGGAUAUGUCUGUACAAGCAAAUGUGCCUGCUUUAGCCAUGGAAGAGAUUGCACCUGUAGCCGUUUCUGAUGCGGCAAUGCUUGCUCCUGAAGAGAUCUUUGAAGGAAAAGGUGAUGUUAAGGAAGAGGGGGAACUUACACAGGCUGAGCGCAAGAGAAGAAGAGCUAACAAGAAAAGGAGAUACGCAGCAUCCCAUAAGGAGAGGCCAGCCAAGUUGCAGAAAGAUUAAACUGAAUGUUAGUGAACCAUAUGAAUUUCUCAUUAGUUUUAAAUGGUACAAGAGUGAUAAUACAAAUUUUCUAAAUUUUGUAUUGUACCCUCUACUAUUAUCUACUAUUAGCUUUUACUUUUUUUUUUGUUGCGACUACUACUUGUAACCGAUCGCGGCGUUAUCAGAUUACGGGCUUUACGGCCUGUGCAAUCCCGUUGCCCCUCUUGGGGUGUUA